AUGUAUCGGUGGACACUCGGGUACCGGGCGGUCACGUGGCAUCCGCAUCCAAACCUUUCCGAGUCAACCCUCGCCCGGAACCUCCCCUGCACUUUGACCGUCUCCCCUCCUUUCUCUACCCACCAAGACUCUAUCCUCCCUCCCGUCACAAUGGCAGCUCGCAGCGCCGCUCUCAAGAUCGACUGGGCUAAGGUGUCGACCUCGCUCGGCCUCCGCGGCCAGACCGCGACCUCGCUCCAGUCCUUCAAGAAGCGCAACGAUGAAGCCCGCCGCAAGGUCCAGGUCCUGUCCGAGCAGCCUCAGGCCGUCGACUUCGCCCACUACCGCAGCGUCCUCAAGAACCAGGCCAUCGUCGACGAGAUCGAGAACCACUUCAAGAGCUUCAAGCCCGCCUCCUACGACGUCAGCCGCCAGCUGAAGGCCAUCGACGCCUUCGAGGCCCAGGCCGUCCAGAACGCCGAGCAGACCAAGGGCAAGGUUGAGUCCGAGCUGCAGAACCUGCAGAAGACCCUAGACAACAUCGAGACUGCCCGUCCCUUCGAGGACCUCACCGUGGACGAGGUUGCCUCCGCCCAGCCCGAGAUCGACGAGAAGACCGCCUCGCUGGUCUCCAAGGGCAAGUGGAUGCCCCCUGGCUACAAGGAGCGCUUCGGCGAUCUGUCCGCCGUCUAA